UAUUGGAGUUCACUCGAAUGGAAGUUUAAGGGGCCUACGGUACUUAAGUCUUUGCAUGUAAUAUAGGCCUGAACUUAGCAGGAUUAUAUAUCUCCAACAAUUUGCUCCAGCAAUGAUCUGAUGAUGACCACAUCCGAAUUAGCAUCCACAGAAACAGGCUAUGACAUCCUCUGCUUUUCCUUAUCUACUAUCGCUCUAUGCAACACAUUCUUGUACUUGCCACUGCUUAGCCUCUACCAAAUUCCACAAAAUUUUAUCGGUCCAAAUUAACUUCUCCUUUGACAUAUUUGAAACGAGAGAAACCACAACACAUUCUCGUUCCAAAAAUAUUAUCUUCUCCUUUAAUUUAAUGCUUCUCUUCUCCUUCUCACAUCUAUCACAUAUAAGAAAAACCAACUUGGACACUAGAGUGAAGCCAUGGAAGACGAGAGAAAACACAACACAUCUUCUUCGUCUCUCCCGUCUUUGCGUAAGCAAUUGGCGAGCCCAACUCUUGGGGCAAGCAUGGAACUGGACAUUCCCGUCGUUGAUCUAAGCGUUUCUGAUGAGGAAUUACUGGUGCGUCAGGUGACGAAAGCGAGUGUCGAGUGGGGAAUUUUUCAGGUGGUUAACCACGGGAUUCCAACGGAGCUAUUGCGGCAGCUGCAAGUGGUUGGGAAGCAGUUUUACGACCUCCCGGAGGCAGAAAAGGAAGCAGUGGCGAAAGAUGAAGGCAUUGAAGGAUACAAGAAGAACUAUCUAGAAGGUGGUAAGUCUUGGGACGAACAUCUGCUUCACAGACUCUCCCCACCCUCAAUCAUCAACUAUAAGUAUUGGCCUAAGAAUCCUCCCCAAUACAGGGAGGUGAAUGAGGAGUACACAAGGCAUGUGAAGAAACUAACAGAGAAAAUUCUUGGUUUGUUAUCAGAAGGAUUAGGGUUACCGUCAGUGGCGUUGACGCAAAGUUUAGGUGGGGAAAAGGCAGAGUAUUUGAUUAGGGUUAAUUACUAUCCGCCGUCUCCAAAAGCAAUAGGAGGUUCGGCGGCGCAUACUGAUCUAGGGGCAAUCACACUUCUCAUCCCCAAUGAGGUUCCUGGACUUCAAGUAUUCAAAAACGAACAAUGGUUUGACGUUGAGUAUAUCAACUCCGCUAUGGUUGUUUUCAUCGGCGAUCAACUUAUGAGGAUUAGCAACGGGAGGUUCAAGAACGUGCUUCACAGAGCGAAGUCGGAUAAGGAAAGAUUGAGGAUUUCUUGGCCUGUUUUUGUUUCGCCUAGGCAUGAUUUGUUGGUCGGACCUUUGCCUGAGCUUACGGGAGACGAGAAUCCUCCAAAAUUCGAGACUUUAGUUUAUCAAGACUAUUUGCACCAAACGAUGCAAAACUGGGCGCUCGACAAGUUAUAUAAUAAAGAAUCCACUCUUCUGAAAACCCAUUAACAAAGAAUCCCUCAAUCCACCUCUUUGGAGUUUCAUAACCAAAAAGAGAUGAGAGAGGAUAUCAUGAGUUAUUGGUUCUUUCUUGGGUUAUAUAUUGCGUCUGCUUUAGCUAAUAAUGAGUGUUGACGUUUUCCUCUAAUAAUCAAUUUACAGCAUUGUGUAUGUUGUGUGUUGUACAUUUUCAUAUAAUCAAAUUUGAAUUGUAAUGUUUUAACCGCAUUA